CUGCAAAAUAAAAGAAGAAUUCGGAGAAUUCUCAAAAUGUUCUAAAACUCCAAAAAUUACUCUAAAAAACGAAUAAAAACUUAACAUGGUCAUAUAUGGCGAAACUAUAAAUUAAUUCAGUAAAUCUCAAAUGCUUGUAAACAUUACUUCACAAUAAAUAUAACCUUAAAACACAUGUACGGUUCAAGUGUAUUUAGAUUAGCUAGAAAAAGUAGCGUUCGUUAUUUAAAGAACGGUAGUAAUAAAAAACUGUUGGAAUUUCUAGCCAACAUGCCGAAGGCUAACACCGCGCGGAUAGCGGAGGCGCAGCAGCAGCGGCAGAACAUCUCCAAGAAGGGCGAGAAGUACGGCCCUAGCACCGUUUAUUUACAAGUGCUGGGCUCUGGCGCUCGUGGCGUACCUAACACGCUCUACCUCUUCACUGAUCAGAAACGGUACCUUUUCAACUGUGGAGAGUGCACCCAAAGAUUGGCACAUGAGCAUAAAGUAAAACUGUCAAGACUGGAGCAUGUGUUCAUCACAAGUAAGACUUGGAAGAAUAUUGGAGGUCUGCCUGGAUUGUCAUUGACGCUGCAGGAUGUUGGGGUCCCAAAGAUCACACUCCAUGGACCUGAGGGUUUGGACGACCUUUACAAUGCGACAAAGAGAUUCGUCAUAAUGAAAGAGAUGCAGGUGACCAUGGCGCCAUCCAGCCCUACAGAAGACUUUGAGGACAGUGUUAUGACCAUCAAAUAUGUGCACCUAUUCCCGCAACUGACGCUGCUCCAAGACAUACCCCCGCAGCCGCCCAAGCGCGCCAGGCUCGGCGACGUCCCCACGCUCACGUACGACCAGUUUACACAUGACAAAACGGAUUACUAUAAACGCGGGACCGAAGGCGAGGGCGAGGGUAAAUCAACGCCAAGGUCGUCGAGGAGUCCAGAUCACCGCGUGAAGAAAAAAGGCGACUUUAUGAACCUUCAAACCUCGGUUGCGUACAUCUGUACAUUAAAGAAACGUCUAGGCGCGCUAGACUUAGCCAAGUGCGUGGAGAAGGGAGUUCCCCCAGGCCCCUUGCUGGGACAGCUGAAGAGCGGGAUAGAUGUAGUACUUGCCGAUGGUACUCUUGUGAUGUCCAAAGACGUCAAGACGCCGGACGACCCUGGGCCUGUCUUUAUAGUUCUGGAAGUGCCAGAAAUCAGCUACCUCUGCGAAGAACAGUUCGCGGCGCACUUCGACAACGGCAUUAACUCACCAGAAAACGUACCAUCACUCAUCGUCCACUUGUCACCACCUGAGGUGUUUCAUCACAAUAACUACCAAGCUUUCAUGACGAAAUUCGGCCCAACAACACGGCAUCUCAUCCUCAACUCGCAGAACUCCUGUCUGGGCUCCGAAGCCGUCCAUCGCACUCAGCACAAACUACACCUACUGGACCCUGAGGUUUUCCCACUACUCAAGGACCCGAGCAUACCAGCCGAAUGGGGAUCCCACCCUCCCACACCCAACACCAACAGUCCUACCAAAAUAAAGGGCAUCGAAGAUAUGAAGAAUAGGAUUGCGAUGGCCCAGUUCCAGAAUAUUAUCAACACGGAGAUGAAGCCCAGCCCGCCGAAGGAAACGGCUGAAGGGGAUGAGGGUCAAAAACUGGAAACUUACUCCUCGAGGACGCUCACCAUGUUCCACCUACGGCCCAAGAGGGAGAUUGACAGAUCGGCCGAGCCAAAGCUUCACAUUCAAGACUACUACCAGGAGACCAUGGGCGUGGAGGGCUUCGUCGCUUGCCUCGACAAGUUCCGAGAGGAAGCCCAAAACUUGCGCUACGCGAAUAACCACUCUAGCAAUGAGUAUCCAAAGAUCGUCUUCCUGGGAACCGGCAGUUGUAUACCGAGCAAGACUAGAAAUACGAGUGCUAUCAUUGUCCAUGUUGAUGACCAAAGCACCAUCCUCCUGGACUGCGGGGAAGGCACCUUCGGACAGCUGGUCCGGUUCUACGGACCUAGGAAAGUGGACGAACUGCUACGGACACUGAAAGCUAUUUACAUAUCUCAUCUACAUGCUGAUCAUCACAUAGGUUUAAUAGGAGUAUUGCAAGCCCGCGCGGCCGCGUUCGCCAACGCGCCAGAAAAGAAUGCACCCCUACUGCUGCUAGCUCCUGGUCAAAUUGUGACCUGGCUCACCAUGUAUGAUAAACAGUUCGAGAAAAUUGCCGCCGAGUUUACGCUCAUACCUAAUCAGAAUCUGAUGGACCCAAAAGAGCCAGGUUUAACACCCGCAGCUCUCGCUAGUAUAGGUCUAGACUCGGUACUGACUUGCCUCGUACCGCACUGCCCUAACGCGUUCGGGGUCGCCAUCACCGCCGCCGGGCACAAGCUCACCUACAGUGGCGAUACGCUGCCUACUGAGAAACUGGUUAAGAUUGGUCAAGACUCAACCAUCCUCAUACACGAGGCGACGAUGGAAGACGAGCUAGCGGACGAGGCGCGGAUUAAGAUGCACUCGACGACGUCGCAAGCGAUAGAGAUUGGACACAAAAUGAACGCCAAGUACACGGUGCUGACGCAUUUCAGCCAGCGAUACGCGCGACUGCCGCGCCUCAACGCGCACAUACUCAACGAAAACAACGUCGGCAUCGCUUUUGACAAUAUGCAGGUAACACUGAGCGACCUCUCCCUCCUCCCGCACAUGUACGCGCCUCUCCAACAUAUGUUCGCCGAGCACUGCGUGGACAUGGAACUGAAGGCCGCCUCCCGCGUGCGGCGAAAGGAAAAACCCUCCAUCACCAGCCUCUCGGGUACUAGACAAUUUUCCACUGGCAACACUGCUCAGACCACAGAUAGUGUAACUAACGAACAGAGUAAUGUAAAAGAGACUGUAGACUCGGUAUCACAGAUAAAGGAGAACAUUGAAAAUGUUGCCAUAGAGUCGAAAGAAAAUCAAACGUAAAAUAGUGUUGCUAGUUGUUGAAUCUGGUUGGCUGUGUAAAUCGUCGAAUUAUUUGUGAAUGAGGCGCUGUUUUUAUUUAUAUUAUAGUAAUGUUUAGCCUUUAUGGAAUUGUAAUGUAAAAUUGUUUUAGUCUUAUUGUAUGUAUUUAUUAGAUAACUACUAGAUUGUAAUACAAAAAGAUGUUGUCUAAGUAUAUUGUAUGUAUACAAUAAAGUAUAUUGUUGAAUA